GAAACGGGUCCAUAAACUUCCCGAUCUUAUUCCCAGCCCUCCGCGGCUCCGCCUCCUCUCAUUCGCGCGGGAAAUCUCUCUCUCUCUCGAUCGCCAAAUCGACGGCCGAUGACGGUUUUGAGGUCUCGAGUGGUGGGCCCCGAAAUCUCGAUGAAAACCCUAGAAAGCCCGCCGCCGCCACCGCCGGCGCCGGCGCCGGCGCCGCCUGAGCCCUCCACUCCGGCAAGAUCCCCCUUCUCCUUCGUCUCCUCAUUUCCCUCCCCAGAGAUGGAGACUGUCUUAGGGUUAGGUUUUGGUUCUUCUAGAUCGGUGCCUCCCCGGAGACGGAGCCUCCGCCUUGCGUCCAUGUCCCCCGCUCCGGCGAGCGCCGUCGUUUCUUCCAGGGAGACGAGCAGCAAGAGGAAGCGGAUCACUGGGGCUUCCAGUGCAGGAGAGGAGAGAAAGGGGGGAGGGGGAGAAACAAGGGUUUUGGAGAGGACGAUGGCAACGGGUUAUCCUGUUGAUACGGUGCCGUCUAUGAACUCAUCUGCAGCGGAUGGCGUGGAGGAGAGGUACAUGAGGUUGAGAUCGAGUUCCAGGAUUGCCCAGAGCAGGGUUGAAGUGAAUAGUCUCGAUUCCAAUCCGGUUCAGGAGAAUGGAGAUCAGACAACUGGUGAAAUGGCGCAGACAGUAUUGGAUGUUGAUCAUGCUGGAAAAUCCAAUGAAGAAGUGGUACGAUUCGGUAUUGAAGAGGAAGAAAAUGGAGUAUUGGUUGCAGAAGAUGAUAUCAUGUUUACUGAUAAGUCUAAGGUUGAAUCGGAUGGGGGAUCGCUUGUUGGAGAGGAAGUCGAGGAACUCUCACGGAAUAGGAAUGGGUCAGUGAAGCGGCGCAGGCCUGGAAGGCCAAAAGGGCAGAAGCAGCUCCGAGUAGUAGCAGACAGGAGCGAAGCUAUUGAUUUGAGUCCCAGAGAUGAAGUUUUUAAGCCUGAAGAAAGAGGCUGCAUGGAAGAAGAUGAAGAGCCUGAUGAGGGCCAAGAAAAGGAUUGUCCUAGUCCAUUUCCCACUGGCGAGGAGAUCAUCAAUGAGGAGGUGGAGGCUGGGUACAUGAAGCUGAGAUCAGGUUUCGAGAUUGCCAAGACAAGGAUAGAAGUAAAUGGCAGUGAGUCUGAUCUGGUUCAAAAGGAUGGGAAUCAGAUGGUUCAUGAAGGGAGGAGGUACAGCUAUGAAGAAAAAGGGAAAGCGAAAUUGGGAGUAGAUGUUGGGUGUACAGAGAAAGCAAGUGACGACAUGGCUCUUGAAUUGGGCGCAGUUCUGGGGGACAGGGAAGAAGAGAAUGGGAGGAUGGCAGGUGGUACAGGGGGAAAAAAUUAUAAUUCUGAGGAGAAAGGAAAGGGUGAGUUUGUUGGGGUAGAUGAUUUCUUGUCAACAAUGGGUGCAAUUGGUGCAGAAGAAGUUGAGGGGCACUCAAGUGAUGAGGAUAGAUUGGUGGAGCAAAAAAUUUCUGGAAGGCCAAAAGUAGGACAGAAGGGGUCCCGAAGGGAAGCAGAGAGAAAGAAAGCUAUAGAGUUAGCUCCUAAAUUUGCAUUUUUUAAACCUGAAGAUGAUGGUGCUGAAGGGGAAGAAGAGGAAGUAGAAGAACUAGAAGAUUUAGUGCCAGGUACUGACCAUGAGGAUGAGGAUUGGCCAGGCCCAUUCUCUACUGCCAUGAAGAUCAUUGAGGAGCGUGCUGCAAGACUGAGGGCUCGGGAGUUGAGAUUUUCUUCCACAAAGAACAAGUCUACUGAAGUGGGGAUCCAAUGGAUACCUUCAAAGGAUAAGAAAUGCAAGACCAUGGGUGGGCUAAUUCCACUGCUUAAGGAUUUGUGCCUGAAAGUACUAUCAGAUAAUGCCGAAGAAAUUGAAUCCCUUGAAGGGAUUCCUGAUGUUAUCAAGCACAAGCUCAUAUUGAUGCUUUGCAAUUCUAGGAAGAUGAGUGCUCGUAUUCUUGGUCUUCUCAUGAGUGGAACUCCCACAGAGAUACAUUUGAGUGAUUGUUCAUGGGCUACAGAAGCAGAGUUUGAGGGCAUUUUUAUUCGAUGUAACACUGACAGCUUGAAGGUGCUGCAACUUGACCUGUGUGGUCGAUGUAUGCCGGAUUAUGUAGUGGAUGCUAUCUUGGCCCGGUCCCCAAAUAGUUUGCCAUCAUUGACUACAUUAUCUCUGAGGGGUGCAUAUCGUCUGUCAGAUGAUGGGCUAAAUGCAAUUGUUUCAUCAGCACCUUUAUUGUGUUCUAUAAAUUUGAGCCAGUGUUCCCUUAUCACAUCAAGCGGAAUCACUAAUCUAGUAGAAAAGUUAGAUUCAGUAUUAAGAGAACUAUACAUUGAUGAUUGCCAAAAUGUGGAUGCUAUGUUGAUUCUUCCAGCAUUAAAAAAGCUGAAGUAUUUGGAACUUUUGUCAGUGGCUGGCAUUCAAUCUGUCUGUGAUAAAUUUGUGCACCGGCUGAUUCCUAUUUGUGGUUCAAAUAUGAGGGAGCUUGUCUUCGCUGGCUGUCAGAAGUUGACUACUGCUUCUAUUAAAACUAUUGCGGAAAAUUGUUCACAAUUAUGCACUCUUGAUCUUCGUAACUUGAACAGGUUGAAUGAUUCUGCAAUAGAACACCUUGCAAAUGGUUGCAGAUUGCUUCAAAAACUUAAGCUUUGCCGUAGUGCAUUCAGUGAUGAAGCAGUUGCUGCAUUCUUGGAAGCAUCUGGAGGGUCAUUGACUGAACUUUCACUGAACAGUGUUGAAAAGGUUGCAGAACACACAGCUGUUGCCAUUUCCCGGAAGUGUUACUCAAAUUUACAAAAUCUGGAUCUUUCCUUCUGCCGCAAGAUGACUGAUGAAGCACUGGGAUUGAUUGUUGACAACUGCUCAAAUCUCAGGAUUCUUAAACUAUUUGGAUGCAACCAGGUCACAGACACAUUCUUGGAUGGUCACUCAAAUCCCCUGGUUACGAUCAUUGGAUUGAGUGGGCAUAUAUUACAUCAAAUUGAAAUCCCCGACUUUUUGUAAGACAACUGCAUCUAUUUUCUGCAGCGGCUGUAUACAUCUUUUGUCCUUGGAUCACAUUUAUAUGGCGGUGAGGCAAAUGGGGGAUAUGAUUCAGAUCGAAGCUUUUAUAUAGAGAAACUACAUGAAAGUGGAUAAUAUUUGCAGACUAGAAUGAAUAGAUCUUUUCGAAUGAAAUGGUCCAUAUGUUUAGGUAAUUAUUUUUGAUCUUUUUGGGUUUAUAAAACCCUAUCUACUAUUUUGGUUCACAUAUCAAUGUCAUAGUCCUGAUAUACAUCCAAGGAUCUAUGCAUACAUUGAGAUUUUAGUGCAACCCUCGUGUAUGGUCAAUCUUUUUUGCAAUGAUUUUGGCCUACAAAUUCUAUGAAUUGGUGUAAAGCACACUUAUAUUUGAUUU